AUGGAUCAGUUCUACUUGAAAAAUGCCGCGCUCUAUCAGACUUACGUCGACAAAGUUGACCCAACCAAGCCUCAAGCACACUUCAUGAACUUGCCGCCUCAGGCACCGAAGAAUGUCACGGACAAUGACAACCCCAACAUGGCCAUAAGCGUUCGCAUCCGUCCAAUGCUAGGAGACGACAUCAUGUCUGGCUUUCCUUGUGCUGUAUACCCUCGUCCUCAUGAUCCGACAGCAACACACCAAAUCAUAGAUCUUCACGAUCUCUACAACCACCCACGAAGACCCCAUCCCAUACUGAAGUCUUCGGUGCAUAAGCUUCAGAAUGUGUUUGAUGCUAGUGCCAGCACAGCGCAGGUCUAUGAUGAGGUUGUGCGUGAUUUGGUGCUGUCGGCUGCGGAUGGCAAGCUAGGGACUCUAUUCGCAUACGGGCAGACUAGUUCUGGCAAGACAUUCACCGUCACAGAGCUGCAAAAGCUCGCUGUUGCGGACUUGUUGGAUCGUCAGGCUGAGUUACAUGUCACUGUCGUUGAACUGGCAGGGAAUGUGGCAUUCGACCUUCUCAACCAACGCGAGAGGAUCGCUGUUCGCGAAGACGCAUCCGGUACCACGCAACUUGUUGGCGCCAUCGAACAUCAGAUCGCCGACAAAGAGCAAGCCAUCGAAUUGCUGGAGAAAGCAAUGUCCUUCCGCCGCGCAGCGCCCACCCUCAAGAACCCCGCCUCCUCGCGCUCUCACUGCAUAUGCCGCAUCAAAGUCACCUCACCUGUCUCGUCAACACCAGGCUUUCUAUACAUGGUCGACCUCGCUGGCUCUGAGAUCGCCCGUGACGUAACCGCCCACGGUCCCGAAUUGAUGCGCGAGACUCGCGAAAACAACGUCAGCCUCUCAGUCCUCAGAANNGACUGUAUUCGUCAGCGAGCAUUGGCAGCGACGAACAAGAAAAAGGUGCAUGUGCCGGUAAGAGGAAGCACGUUGACAAAGAUCUUGAAGCAUGUGUUUGAUGUCGAGGGAGGUCAGGAGUGCAAGACUGUGGUUAUCGCGUGUCUCAAUCCGAGUUUGGCGGAUGUUGCCUCUUCGAAAAAUACGCUGAGGUAUGCUGAGUUGCUGGGAAAGAUAGAUUGA